AGCCCACAUUGUUUCUUUUGUUUCAAAAAGCCUCGAAUUUUGAGCCCACAACAUCAUUGGGCUGAUCUGACCCACCAUGAUUGUACAAAGAUGACUAGAGACCCGUCGAAGUUAGUUCCGAGCAGCUCAAAUGGCUUCCAAGCUACUUUCCCUCCGACGACUCUCAAGGCUUCGAAAUCCUUACCUCCCUUCUUCUACGCUUUCUUCACGGAUCCUGCUUUUGCAAGCUACCAAUUCCCGCUGUUCUCAUUUCGACUGCAAAAUCGCCGAUGUUUCAGCUUCCUCCAGGAGUUUCUGUUCUAGCUCUUCUGCUACCGACGCCCAGGGCCCCGCCGCCAUUGACUACCGCUCUCUUCUGCAGGAAAACGAAUUUCAUGAGUUAGCUGAUUCGACUAUUCACGACCUUCAAGAGAAAUUGGAGGAAUAUGGGGAUACAGUUCAAGUAGAUGGAUUUGAUAUAGACUAUGGGAAUGAGGUUCUGACCCUGAAGCUUGGGGAGCUAGGCACCUAUGUGUUGAACAAACAAACUCCCAAUAGGCAACUUUGGCUGUCAUCCCCUCUGAGUGGUCCGUCGAGAUUUGACUGGGACCGGGAUGCUGAAGCCUGGGUUUAUCGUAGAACCAAGUCGAACUUGAUCGAAGUUUUGGAAAGUGAGCUAAAGCAGUUGUGUGGUGAACCCAUCAAGCUUACUACAUAAACAAGUGGUUAGACCAAGACUUCGCUCAUAUAUCACAAACUUUCUCGUUCAAUCCAUUUAUCAUGUACUGUUAUGAACCAAUCGCCAGUUAGUAUAUAUUCGAAGGUUAUGCCUUGUUUCUUAUAUAAAGAAAAGAGAGCUUGUGCAAUUAUUAGUGCUCGUUUUGUGGGAUAGACAUAGUAUGCAAAAUAAUUGGGGUUUUUUUGCUUGCCACUACCCUUCAAUCCCAAGGAAAGGACGCCUGGAAUGAGUUCAAGCUACUUAUUUGGUCCGGUGGAUUGGAUUUGACUGAGGGAUUUCGACAAUUGCGUGUAAUGGAAAGUAUUUAUAAGCCCUCUUUCACAAUUUCACAAUCUAUUUUCACAACUUCGUAAUUUCUUCUGCAAUUAUAAAAUUGUGAUUAUAUCAUAGUUUUCAUUAUUGGGAUCAUUGUGCUUAUAGUUGAGGCUGCUCUCGCCCCAUUAAAUAUUUUGCGCAAAU